AUGGUCUUAGGUCGUGUCCCGGUUUCCGUGGCCUCCGGAUUCUCCCACAGGGGACGCUUGUUUCGUUUCGCUUCGGUAGGGGUGGGCGUCCCGUUGUUCUGGGUGGGGUGGUGUUUUGUUCGGUUCAGGGUAGUGGGGGUUUGUGGGGGCCUUUUUGGGGUGGGUCUUUGGGCAGGGUGGAGGGUGGGUCUCACUAGCGGGGGGGGGGGCGGGGGGGGGGGGGGGGGCGGGGGGGAGUGUGGGUGUGGAGUCGCCGGAGAUGACGAGGGGGGGGGGGGGGCCCUGGGUCGCUCCGGGUGGGGCUGA